AUGGAGGCUGAUGAGUACAACAAGAGCCUGAUUGAGAUUUUAGUCGACGAGCCAUGUAUUUACGACCCGGCUGAUCCGGCUUUCAAUAACAUCAAUGAACGUCACAUGGCGUAUGUUCGACUUGGUCAACGGUUGAGAGAUCGAGGCGCAAAUGAAGAGCAAGGUUGGUAUUUUGACUUCAACUUAGGAUCGUCGACUAUUUUAGCUUGUUCUCUUUUUAUUUUCGUACAGGUUUAUGCCUCUUUUGAGUUCUGGCGUCUGACGGUCUAGUCUAAUAUAAUUUUGAUGCAAUUUCAGUUCACCGUAUAAACGACCGAUUUCAAGUCCUGAAACGACGAUUCUUGACCGAAUAUCGGAAAGUUCAACGUGGUUUGCAGAGUCAUUGGGCUUAUUAUGAGGAUCUGCUGCCACUUCUCAACUCCCUGGCUGAGAAGUCUGCUACGUAAGUAUUUCUCUUUUUUCCUUGGUGUUUAGAUAAUAACAGCUUGAAUGAAGCCCAAAGAACUUGUUUCAGAAGUGAAACGGCCAGCUGUAUAUCCGAACCCAAUAUCCUGUUCUCUCCAUAUUCACCAUGUCCCAGCUCUGAUGAACGGCCAACUGAAGCCAAACGCCGGCAUGUUGAAGAAAAGUCGGCGGCUUGCCGCACGGAAUUUGCCGGGAUCUUUGACUAUAUCGCAUUUCGGCUUGAUAAUAUGGAGGACACCAUCAGGAAGUCUACUGUUGAAAAAAUACUCCGACUGGUCCAUAACCCAUCAAUGGAAUUGAUGGAUGAGCGAGUCAACGCGUCCACUUCAACUCCAAAAUGGUGA